AUGAGCAGCGACAAAGAGAAGUUGGUCGAGGCCGAGUCGGUGAAGAAGUUCGCCUUCUUCGGAGUGGCUGUCAGCACAGUCGCCACUCUCACAGCCAUUGUCGCUGUGCCGAUGUUGUGCAUGUAUAUGCAAAAUGUGCAAUCCAACUUGCAAGACGAGAUCAACUUCUGCCGCACUCGUGCCGAGGGACUCCGCGGAGAGUACACGAAGCUCGAGCACUACCGACAGGGAGAGAAGGAACGUGAGAAACGUCAAGCCUACCAGUGCUGCUCUUGCGGAAUUGGAUCCGCUGGACCUCCUGGACAGCCUGGACAAGAUGGACAAGCUGGAAACGAUGGACGACCUGGAGCCCCUGGAAACCCUGGACCUGAUGCUCCUGAGGGACACCCUGUGCCCAAGCCCGAAGACUUCUGCUUCGAGUGCCCAGCCGGACCUGCUGGACCAACUGGACCUCAAGGACCCAAGGGACCUUCUGGAAACCCUGGAGCUACUGGAGACCAAGGACCACCUGGACGUGGAGGAUCUCAAGGAGCUCCUGGACCAGUUGGACCACCUGGAGAUGGUGGAAAAGAUGGACAACCUGGACAAGCCGGACCACCUGGACAAGUGCGCACAGUGCCUUCACCACCAGGACCCCCAGGAGCUCCUGGAGAUGCUGGAGAGAGUGGACCACCUGGACCCGAUGGACGCCCUGGAAACCCUGGAGCUGCUGGACAGCCCGGACCACAGGGAGAUGCUGGACAAGAUGGAGCUCCUGGAAACCCUGGAAACCCUGGAGAGCCAGGAAAUGCUGGAGACGCUGGACUCAAGGGCUCUUGCGAUCACUGCCCACCACCAAGAACCGCUCCCGGCUAC